AUGGUAAACUCAAAUGAUUCUAGAGUUGAGGAUGGUCCUGCCAAGGUUGGGGAAGACAACGAGAAUGCACCAAAAAAUAUUCCUACAAUUGGGAUGAAAUUUUCCACCGUUGAUGAGGUAUAUCAAUUCUAUAAAAAUUACGCAUAUCGCGUGGGAUUUCCUGUUAGAAGGAGGAGCUCCAGAAAAGGCCAUAGCGGAGAUCUUGAAAGCGUGACAUAUACAUGCAGUCGUGAAGGCAAUAGAUCUGGGAAUUCAUGCAAUCCACUUAAUCCUCACCCAACAAGUCAAACCGGUUGCAAAGCUAAGUUGACGACAAGCACAGAUGCUACUGGAAUUUGGAGCAUCAUAGCUGUUGAGCUACAACACAAUCAUCCAACAACCCCUACAAAGUCCAGAAUGUUCCGAUGCAAUCGAGAGAUUAAUGAAUCAGUGAAAAGGGAUUUGCAACUCAAUGACAUUGCAGGAAUAACAAUCCAUAAAAGUUUUCACUCUCAUGUUGUCAGGUCUGGGGGAUACGAGAACAUGACAUUUGUUGAAAAAGACUGUCGCAAUUAUAUUGAUAAAGUUCGGAGGCUGAGGUUAAGAGAGGGAGAUGCAUCUGCUAUCCAAGCUUAUUUCUCAAAGAUGAAUAACCAAAGCCCAGGAAUGUCAUCAACACAACGGAGUGAGAGUAUGAAUUCAUUUUUCGACGGAUAUCUCCACUCCAAGACCUCUUUAAAACAAUUUGUUGAGCAGUAUGAGCUUGCUUUGCGAAGUAAGGUGGAAAAAGAGUUUGAAGCAGAUUACCGCUCUUUUUCACAAACUGUCCCAUGCGUAAGCGUAUAUGAAAUGGAGAGACAAUUUCAAGUUGCAUACACUAGGGAUAAAUUUAAAGAGUUUCAGAAAGAGUUGACUCACAAGAUGUACUGCAAUAUUAAAUGUAGUAUUGAAGUUCCUUUUGGAUCAGAGUACAAAAUAGUCGAGGAUGUUCAACAUGAUGGAAAAAUAGUUAAACAAAAAACACUUGUUGUGGCAUUUAAUCGUGGAGAGUGUGAAGUUUUCUGUAGUUGCCAUAUGUUUGAGUUCAGGGGAAUUCUAUGCAAACAUGCGAUUUCAGUCCUCCUCCUGAAUCAUGUGUGGUCUGUUCCAGAUAAGUAUAUCUUACGAAGAUGGAGAAGAGAUGUGAGUCGGCUAUACAUGCGGAUCAAGAUCAACUACAACGGAUGGAUAGUUGCACCAGGACAAGAAAGGUAUGAUGAAUUGUGUCGUGAUUUCACAAGGCUAGCAGAUAUUGCAGCACAUACCGAGUCCGGGUUCAAGGAUGUUAAAAAAUGGAUCGAAAUGAAAACAGUGGAGUUGGCGGCUUUGCGGUCUAAUUUAUUGAGCGGUAGUAAUUUAGAGCCAAAUAGUUGUGAUGGUGAAAUAGAACGGGGAAUAACUUCAGGGGAUAAAAUAUUUGACCCAUAUUUCACCAAAAGAAAAGGUGCACCGCGGAAGGCUCGGAGGAAAAGUUCACUUGAGCUUGGUGCAAAGAAAACAAAGGCACAAAUGAAUGCGAAAAUGAAGAAGGGAAAAACUGUGAGACCAGAUGGAUGGUCGAUGAUUCCUGGCUCAUCUACCAUAGCGGAUAUCAUCGUGGAAUAUUUUUGA